UGGUUUACAAAUAUUUUUGGUCACAAGGAUUAUUUACAUGGCUAUAUCUUCUCAAAGUUGCGACGUAAAUGGCGCAGACUCAUUGUACCAACAAUAAAUUGCGUGCGCAUGUUGGAGCGUAGGGUAGGGUUAUUCUACAUGAUAUUCUUUGCGACUGUCAGGAUUGCAAGCAAUGUGAGCAAACACAUGUUGUAUAAUAAACUGUAAUGUAUGGAGAGAACAGUCCAUUUUUACCAAAGCUUUAAAUGCUGCCUUGAUAGAUUGCAAGUCUGCAUGAGCAUGCAGUAACAAGAUGUGUGCAGGAAAGGUAUUUUGUGCAAUGUCAUUGCUGAUAACUUGAAUGCUUGACAUUGCAUCCAACAGAGCAUCAGCAAUGAGUAUGCUGACAAUGUUCAGCAUUUGUGCCCUGGCCCUGGUAGUGAAGCCAGCCAUAGGGCUCAAGACAAAGCCAGUAUCAUAUGCCCACAAUGUGGACUCUAAGGUGCUGGCGGACAUGAGGGAAAAAGCCAUCCAGGACAACCUCUUGCUCAGCCUUAGGGAAUCCAGAUUAUUCAACAGUGCAUCUGCAGAUUUCCUCAAAGGCAUCAACAUCAGAACUGGAGCCAGCCAGUUGUCAUCACACCUCAUCAAUUUGGCCAGGACAGACAUGGGUGCUGAAAAGCUCCAGGCGGUGUACAGCCAGCUGCCGGAACCGGAGCCGGGUCCGGCUGCCGCCGACAUCCAGGAGGUGAAGCGUCUCGCCUCGCACAUCCAGGCCAAGCUGCACCGGUACGCCGGCGCGCUCUGGCGCACCUGCGGCGUCAUCGAGGACAUGUUCUGGAAGCACUUGCACGACCCGAUGACGACGGUGACUCCGUGCUGCUCGCUGGACGACCGUCAGCUCACGUACUCUUUGAAGUUCGGGGCUCCCGUCAACCUGAACGCCACGUGCGACAUUGCACCCAGCCUUAUCGAGCCGUUCGCCUUUAACCCUGGCAGGAACGUCACCGACGCGUUCGUCUCAAACCUACAAAGCCAUCCAUCCAUCAAGUGGCAGUUCUUUAUCUCCAAGGAUGGCAUCCACAGCGAGUACCCGGCGCACAAGUUUGCCAGCGAGCACGACUGCUCGGGCUAUGACGACACCAGGCACCAGCAGGUGUUCCUGUCGACGGCGUACCCGGCGGCCAAGCACGUGGUGCUGCUGCUGGACGUGGGCGGCCGGCCGAGCGCGCACCAGAUGGCGCUGAGCCGCGCCGCCGCCGCCCGGCUGUUGGCCGCCCUGCGUCACAGCGACCGCGUCUCCGUGCUGGCCGUGUCGGAGCGCGUGCAGCGGCCGGCGGCGCGUGACUGUCUGCGGCACGGCCUCAGCAGCGCCACCAGCGAGGCCAAGUUCUUCCUGGAUAACUUCAUCCAGACGUGCCGCCGCUCGAGUGCGCCGACCAACCACACGCUCGGCCUGGAGGCGGCGUUCGACCUGUUGACGCGCGUGCCGGCGCUGCGCGAGCGCUCCGGCCAGGCGAUGAUCGUCUACAUCAGCCGGGGUGUGCUCAGCUCGCUCUUCGACCCGCAGCAGGUCAUGAAGGUCAUGGCGCGCUACCAGCAGAGCAUCAACGCCUCCGUUGUCGUCAACGCCUUUGGCAUCGCCAGCGAGUCGCAGAACAGCUUGGAGCGGGACUUCCUGGAGCACAUCACUGGCCAGGACUUCUCGCGCUACAACAUCAGCCUCAAGAAGUGGCUGGUGCCGGGCUGCCUCUUCGUCAUCAACGCCACCGACCAGCUCAGCUUCCAGGUCGGCAAGAUGUUUGACAAGCUCAACAGCACCAUGGAGAGCCAGCACCACUUCUCGCUGCCUUACUGGGACCCCGUCAGCAAAGACCUGGUGGUGAGCGUCACCCAGCCGUGCUACCACGUCGACUACUUCAUCGGCAUCCUGGGCAUGGACCUGCAUCUGCCAGACCUGGUGGAGGACCUCACCUACUUCAGCCAGAUCGGCGGGCGGUACGCCUUCAUCGUAGACGACCACGGCUACACGCUGAUGCACCCGUCGUUUUCGCGGCCGCUGGUGGAGCCGCGCCACCCGUUCCACUCGGACAUCAGCAGCGUGGAGCACCGGCCCGGCUUCGCGGCCGUGCGCCGCCUCGUCCUGUCCACCUCGUCCGGCUCCCAGGUGCUGCGUUAUCGCACCUGGGACCAGCGCGGCUUCAACGUCACCGUGCGCGUGCUGUAUACGUGGCAGCGCGUGCAGGACUUCCCGUACACAGUGUGCAUCGCAUACCCGGACGAGCGGCGUGACCGGCCGCCGCAGGCGCCCAAGACGCCGCCGCCUGACCUCGUCUACCACCGCAUCGACCUAGGCCGGGCGCGCCAGGUCAAGCUGUGCCGCCAGUUCCGGCACAUGGCCACCAUGAGCUCGGCCUCGCUGUUCUUGUCGGCCACGGCCUUCCUCUCACCGUACGACCACCUGACGGGCUUCGAGCCGUCAUACCGCGUGGUGCAGGGCUACAUGGCCUACCUGACGGACCCCACCUGGCUGAUCGCCAACCCGGGCCUGAAGCAGAGCGUGCGCAACGACGUGGCGCUCACCAGCCGCGUGGCGGCCCUCUGGCGGCGCCGGCUGGCGCAGCCCGGCUCCAGCGGCCGCUACAUCGUGCGCACGUUCGUGGCCACCUCGAACGGCGUGUUGGUGGCCUACCCGGGCCUGCCGCUGGACAGCUGGUUCGAGCCCACCCGUCGCAGCUGGUACCUGCGCGCGCUGGAGCACCCGGGCCGCGUGGUGCUCUCCUCGCCCUACCUGGACGCCGGAGGCGCUGGCUACAUCGUCACCCUGAGUCAGACCAUCAGCCGGCGCCACCACCGCAAGGACGACGGCCGGCCGCAGAACGACACCGUGGUGGCCGUCAUGGGCAUGGACAUGACCAUCGGCUACUUCUACCAGCUGCUGGUGUCGGUGCUGGGCGGCCGGUGCCAGACACCGGAAGUGACAUGCUUCCUGCUGGACGACCGCGGCUACAUGAUCUCGCACCCGGAGCACGUGUCACCUUGGCGGGAGGGGCCCGUCGAGCAGCAGCACGUGUCCAGCAAGGAGCCUCUUCUCGCCAACCACAUCCUCAGCCAGCAACAAUUUGUCUCCAAGAUACAAUGCAACAGGUACACCGACAACACCGUGCAACGGUACUACCAGUUCAACACGUCCAUGCCGGACGUGGUGACGAACGUCGGAUCGGGCGGCGACCACUGCAAGCAGUACCAGAUCGUGGCCAUUCCGGGCACCAACGUCUUCCUGGGCGUGGUCAACCAGACGUGCGACAACCCGGCCUUCUGCGCGUGCAGCAGGUUCGACCGCGCCUGCCUCAACUGCGAGCGGAUGGAGGCCUGGGAGUGUGAGUGUCCCUGCGAGUGCCCUCUGCGCACGGACCUCUGCACGGAAGCCGUGCUGGACCUGCACCCCACCUGUCCAGUGGUCCCCGAGGCCGUGUACGGGCCGCGCGUCGACCGCGACGUCUCGCACCUUCCCGACUGCGCGCCCGUCCACUGCCAGGCGCGCGACAACUCCAGUCAGUGUAUCGGCGUGCUGGGCUGCGAGUGGUGUCAGCUGGAGGCAGACGGCCAGACGCGGCUGACGCGGCCCUUCUGCACCGACAUGGAGCGCUGUUUCCGCGGCGUGCUGGGCGCCGCCUCGCCAUACGGUGAUCACCGCCGAGGUCUCUCGGACGGCGACCGCCUGCGCUCCACCUCGUCGCCGGUGGGUCCCGUGGCGGGCGGUAUCAUCGCGGCGUUCGUCUCGCUGGCGCUGGCCGUGCUCUGCUACCGGCACCACGUGACCGGCCGCUAUCGCCAGGCGGUGCCGCUGGCGCUGGAGGAGGAGGACGAGGAGGCGGCCGAGCUCGAGCUGGAGCCGCCGCCGCCGGCCGCCGUCAACCGGCUGGUACUGGCGCCGCUCGUGCCGCAGGCCGCGCUCUCGCCGUACCGGCUCAACCCGGGCUACCGGCGCCCGGCGGCCGGCACCGACUCAGACCACGGCUACUCGACCAUGACGCCGCACGACGACUCGGAGGCGGCCGGCGAGCCGGAGCGCGUGCGCGCCGCCUCGCCGGCCUCGUCGGUGCUGUCGUCGCCGCCGGCCGGGCCGCCGCCGGCGCCGGCGCCGGCCGCGCCCCUCACAAUGCUGCAGCCGCACCAGAUCCGCGCCGAGGCGCAGGUGCACGCCGUCGACGCCUGCUGACGGACGCCACCGCCGCCGAGCGCCGUCGGCAUUCAUGUGCCAAACGCUGUGCGUGUGUGUCUGUGCCUUUGCGCGUGGCCUGCGCGGCGCGGCGCCAGGUGUGCCUCACCUCACCGCCGCGUGGCAGGGCUGCUCUCAGUAUCAUGGUCUGUAUAUACUGCCGCGCGUAUGUUACGCCUACUGCCUGUUCGUCUCUGUCUGAACCACGCGUUCACCCUGUGCUGCGUUUGUCGGCCGCGAGUAAUGCGCUUUUGAGCGGUUUAUCGCCUAUUUAUACCCGCCUUCGUAUUUUUGUAGCGCGCUGGAUGGCCUGGGCUGGCGGCCGGCGCGUGUUCGUUUGCGUGGCCUCGACGUCGACUGGCCCGUUGGUCGCGUCGGAGGCCGGGUUAACAUUGUCUCCCGACCCCGCUGAGUGGCGCCGUGAGAUCCCGGGCGCGGCGAACGGCGGGCUGCCGCGCUGCCGAGCGUCAGCGCCAGCCGCGAGCUCUGCACUCGGCUGCACAGGCCGAGGCGCUUCCGUGGCGCCCGGCCUCGCGCAGCGGCCAUUUGUGUCUGUGAGUGGAUGAAUCCAUGUGAUGGGCAUCUGUCGGGACGCGGCCGCGACGUCCUGCCGCCGCACGCCGCGCACGAGCGUUCACUCGCGCUUCCACCGUGCUGCUGUCGGAGCCGCCAUCGGCUGACUGGGGCCCUCCCCGACCCGAAGCCCUCGGGCUGCAGACGUGUCGGCUGGUUGUGGUUACGUAAGCGGACGGGGAUGGCAUGGAUAGCGCCUUGGCUUGGAAUGAGCUUGCGUCAGAAAGUCGUCCCGGCCAAACAAGCGCGCGGCGUCGACUGCAUCGGCGGGUUCUCAUUCUCCCGUGUUGGCUGCAGUGUUGGCCGGUGUCCAGAGCGGAGUUCGCCGGGCUCCACUCACUGUCGUGACGGGGCCGCCGCGCCAGGAGCGGCCGCGUGCCGUCGCCGCCCGGUCUCGCUGGCCGACGGCCUCGAAUCCGAUGUGCUCUGAGACGACGCCUCGGCUUUUUUACUUUUACAGCGUAGUUGCCGCCCAUGUAGGGCGGUGCGUGUGCCUGGAGGCUUCCCGCGAGCGCUUGUGUCGCUCGGAAGAAUUGACUUGAACCAUGUGACAAUCGUGACGCUUUGCUCUGUUGGCAGAGCCUGUGUGCUUCGUAAGGAUCAUCGUGUGUAAUUGCCUGUCUGUUUUGAAGGCCUGCGCCUGGAUGGUUAUUUUACCGCAGCAGCUCAGCAGCAGCUUAGUUCCCGCCGCGUAGUUUCUGGGAAUCGAGCGCAGGGCAGCGACGAGGGGUCUUCGAACACCUGCGCUCCAGCCACCCCCUACGUGCCAGUGUGUUGUACAACAAAGCUCCGAAGAACGGCGGCGGCGGCUGCCGGCUGCGCUGGUCCCGCCAGUUCCGCAAUAAACGUGCGCGAGAUUAA